AUGGCCUUCAUAGUCACGGAGCACUCCCUACCAUGUCAACAUUUGAGGGAGUACGAUCAUGCUACCACUUCAGAAGAAACAGUCCUGCGUCUUGCGGUCAAGGAAUAUAUUCCAAGAGAGAACCUCAGUCCAGCACCCGGAGAUGUGACUAUCAUUAGUGCUCAUGCCAAUGGGUUCACCAAGGAACUGUAUGAGCCCUUGUGGGAAGACAUGGUCAAGUCUCUCAAGGAUAUGGGUAUUUCGGUGCGAGCAAUAUGGAUGGCCGACUUUGCAACCCAAGGUGCGAGCUACGUCCUUAACGAGGACAAGAUCGGAAACGAGCCUUCCUGGAAUGAUCAUUCCCGCGAUCUACUUCAUCUAGUGAAUACAUUCCGCGACAGGAUGCCUCGACCAAUUGUCGGAGUAGGGCACAGCAUGGGGGCUUGUCAGAUUGUGAACCUGGCUUUGAUGCACCCGAGUCUCUUCUUGACCCUAGUUCUUGUUGAGCCGGGCAUUAUGCGACAUCACACACUCGAGCGUAACUGGGUUCCAGCAAAGGCCUCUGCUGAUCGCCGUGACAUCUGGCCCAGCAAGGACGCAGCAGCUAACAGUUUGCGAGCUAAGGCUCUGUACCAGAAGUGGGACCCUCGUGUGUUUGAGCGGUUCCAGCAAUACGGACUCCGACAAUUGCCUACUUUGCUAUAUCCUGAGAGCACAGGGAACGAAGUGACACUGACAACACCGAGGCACCAGGAAGUGUUGGUAUAUUUAAGAUUGAUAUCCGAUCAAGCCCAACCAGACCGACAAACAGCAUUGGACUUUGAUCAUUCAGCCGACCAGAUUUCGCCGUUUUAUUGUCCUGCCCCUGUCAUGGCCUUUCAUCAAAUCCCACACCUACGACCUAGCGUUCUGUACAUUUUAGGAAACGAUGUCCCUAAUGCUGUCACCGAGAUGGCCAAGGAUAGACUUGAAAAUACGGGAACUGGAGUUGGUGGUUCUGGCGGGACUGCCAGUGGGCGUGUCGAGUCCAUCACCCUUGAUGGAAGCCAUCUGCUGCCGCUUGAGAAUGUACAGGAGACUGCCGAACAAGCAUCGUGUUGGAUUAGCAAGGAGGUGCAACAUUGGAAGCGUCUGAGCCAUGAGAGAGAGCGACAAUGGGCCCCUCUCACAUUGAGGGAGCGGCAGACAUUCAGUCUGGCAUUUCGCGAGGCUUUGCAGAAAGGGCCUACACAGCGUCCCCAUAAUAAGCUGUGA